AUGGAUAGAUCCAGUGAGGAGCGACCAGAAGGGGAAGGCCUGGAGCUGAGAAGAUCCGCGACCGCUCCGCACGUCCCCGACUCGCUAACCCCCGGCCUGCGACGGAGGAGGCAGGCUGCCGACAAGUACGUCACGGACAGCUCUCAGCUGCCUCUGAGGUUCCAGAGGCCCCGCAGGCUGCUGGCCCAAGACGACACCCCCCCUCGGCCUCCGCCUCUUGACAACUCGACUCUCCCUCACGAGAACAACGCCAGGUCGGUAUCACGCCGCCUCCGGCCGGUCUCCGUCCCUCUUCGCUAUAAUUUAUAA